UCAGAAUUUCGGGCUAAUGAAAAUGCGUAUAAUACGGUAGAGAUAUCUAGAGCAUUUUCGUAUGUAGAUACUCACUAAGUCGCCUGCCCUGGACUCACAUGUCUUCACAUGCCAUACAUACACUCGUUGCAAAGGUUGAACCAUGGAUUAGAGGACACUGAGAGUCAGCGUACCGUGUUUUGGGCGAACCUCAACCCGACACCAACUCACCCGCGACGCAAGCUAUCACACAAAUCCCCGAGGCGCAAAUAGCCAACACACAAGUACUUUUCCUAAGAUACAAACAGUCGACGCACACACAAGGCCACUUACCUCAACGAAUCGCGAACUCAUCUUCGCACUCGCCAAGGUUUCCGCAACCAAACAGACACGCCGUCGAAACGAAUUUUAAACUUCACAAUGGGCCUCCCAAAUCUCCCAAAGGCAGUUGCCUCUGCCAUCGCAUCAGGCGAUGCCGCCCAAUUGAAAGAUCUCUAUCAGCCUAACAACAUGACGCUAGAGGAUAUUGCCACACACGCUGCAGCUCGCGGGAAGCCCUCAAUUAUGCAAUGGUGUUGCGACCAAGGCUGGAGGCCUCCUCGAGAAUCUUUCAAUAGUAAUUUCGUCUCCCAUGCCGUAUAUGGGGAAUCUCCUUCCAUCUUCCAAAUCCUGAUUGAUAAUGGUUUGGAUCUCAACGCCCAUGAAAACGAGCUUCACGGCGACCCACUGGCUAGUGCUGUUGAAAACGGUAACUAUAACUUUGCAAAGUGGUUGCUUGAGCAUGGGCAUCGAUCAACACCGAAUGAUUCGAUUUUUGGGGAUGACACUGCUAUUGUAUCUACGAUUUAUGCAGACAGGGCUAAUCAAGAAAUGCUUAAGCUGCUGCUUGAUCAUGGACAUGAUUUGGAGAAUACUGGGGCUGGGGUGGUAGCUGCUGAGGAGGGAAACGUGGAGGCGCUAAGACUGCUUCUAGAUCGGGGUCUCAACGUCGAAGAGCGACGCCGUGUCACUAACUAUGGUACUGCAGAUGAGACGUACGAUACGGAAGGCACGGCACUCUACCACGCUUGUAAGCAGGGUAACGAGGAAUGCGUCGAAUUGUUGCUGCAACGAGGCGCGAAUCCGCUAGCCGAAGACCUCAAUGGGAGAUCUUGCCUGGAUAUCGCGAGGCAGGGUGGCGAUGAUUAUGAAUACAUUGUGUGGCUUUUGGAAAACAGCGGAUCGGUGAACUCAGCCAGUGCAGCUCAGACGCUUUUGGGGUUCAUCAAACGAUUGUUCUUCUUCUAAAUCAAAUCGGUCGCCUGCCGCACCCCAA